AUGAUUUUAAGCAAAAUUGAAGAGGAAGGGGGAAGCUUUAAUAUUUUUUCAAUUGUUUUUCAUCAGGUUUUCAGCUGCUUGAAUCUGCAUAAGUCAACUUAUGAUGAUACCCAAACGUUUUUGAUCAUUCCUCCUCAGCAUAAAAAUGCACAAGACAAUUAUCUUAGAAAUCAAAGCUACUAUUAUAGAUCAACACAGUCAUUAUUUUGUAAUGACUGCAAUAGAAAAAUUGAUAUGAGCAUAGAGCUGAAAGGUGUCGAUUGGCCAGAAUAUCUGGUGCUUUAUUUCCCAACACCUCCAAAUAAUAUUGUAGAAUCCCUCUGAAUUAAUAAUGAGAAUAGCUAUGAAAUUUAUGGAGUUAUUUGUUAUUAUCAAAAUGAAGGAAGUUUUCAUUAUACAGCGUUUACAAAAGACGGAAAUAUAUGGAAUGAGUAUAAUGAUAAAUAUGUUGGGACAAAAGCAAUAGACCCUCAUUUUGUAAAUUUGGCAUUUUAUUCCAAAAAAGUAGUGCUGAGCCAAAAUAUGAUAGCUGAAAAGCCCUAUCAGUCGCAUUUUUAUAAUUCUUAA